UCCCAUGGAAACGAAACCUGUCCGGAAACCUACCAAGGCUAGAUCGUCACAGUAACAUGAAAAUGCAAUGCCAGCUGUAAAAUUCAAGUAGUGAAUACAUUGAAAUAUCAAUAUAUAACCUUAUAAUUACGGACCCUGCAAUGUGCACGAAAAUGAAUCCUGAUCGUUUCAAUCCUACCCUCUCAGUUGAUGAGUACCUUGGUGAGUAGCUAACGUUAGUUAAUAUUAGCUUGCAUCUGCACCAUCAUGCAUGCAGCCAGACAGCAGAGCUGUUAGGCCUAUAGGUAGAGAUAUGCCGCUCUGCAUUACAGUUAUUUGAUAGCUAGCAACACCUGCAUAAAAGGACACCAAUAUUGGUUAACCCAAAGCUAAAUAAUAGUGUGUAGCUAACAUUAGCUACUCACCCUCUCUCCUCUGGCAGCUGAGACCAACGUGCUUUUCUACCUGAACGAUGCUGUGACCCAGCUUCUGGAGCACAAGGAGGAAUACACCCAGUUUGGCAUCGUCCGUUACUUUUCAGAAUAGUACGUUUCUAUUCUAUUCUACCAGUCUUUCUUCAGAGCAGAUCAUAAACAGAGGUGUGGAAUACGUUUCCCUGCCACAUUCCUCAAAUCAAUUCAUCUUAUUUCAAAGUUAUAUUGUAACUACAGUGUAGGUAACGAUACAUUCUUACAUUAAAAUGCUUAUAGCCAUCUCCUGUUUAUGGAUUAUUAUUAUGUUUUUGCCAAAUAAUUGGCCCUUAUGUUGUAUUUCACUUCCUUUGUGAUUGGUUGACAGCUUUAGCAGUGUGAAGAACGGCAACCAUGUACUGUUCAGAGAGUUCGGCUACAUCAAGGCCACAGCUCAUAACAGGGCCUCCUUCAUCCGUGUCCUCUGGAGGUGCUUCCGACAGAUCGGGAAGAACGGAGGUAGGUCCUAAUGAGUGUGUGUCUGUGUGUGUGAUGUGGUAACACAGUCUUUGAACAUUAGAAAAAUGUGAAAACAAUUUAGUGAAAAAGUUACGAUUAAAAAACACAAUGCUUAUGGAAUUAUACUGUAGCUUCAGUUUCCUGCAAGGACCUCCUGUGUGUGUCAUUGAGUUAUAUAAAUACAAUUAAUAUCUCUGGUGUUGUUUGUCAGUGUUUAUAUAUGUUAUGUGCUUUUGUAUGCUUGCUAUAGACCUCCUGACCAUGUUGGAGUACAGCUCCCUUCUGCAGCUCCUCUGUCCAGACUUUCCAGUGGAGAUGGUACAACAUGCAGCAAGGUCUGAUUUGGCAUAAUUGAUUGAUAUUGUACAGUAUUAUGUUAAGUUAGCUACAUUUAAGUUACAUUAAGUUCAGUGUGUUUUCAUCUCUGUGAAAUGGAAUGCAAAUACAUGAUUGUGAACAUUUGAAGUAUACACUAUGACCGUAUCCUCUUUCAACAUAGGAUAGUGCUAAUGGAUGAUGCCAUGGACUGCCUCAUGUCCUUCUCGGAUUUCCUCUUCUCUUUCCAAAUCCAGUUCUACUUUGAAGGUAAGUACCUCUGCAUAAACCAACAACCAGAGAACUUGGUUCACCACUAUGUACCUGACAUGAUGAUCACAUAAACUCUAAUGCUAGAGCACUAGAUACUUUUCUGCCUCUGACUGGGUAGACUCUAGGUUGUACAGUGUCACAUGAAAUCCUGUAUUCAUUUUACUUUCCACUAACAGAGUUCCUGGAGAGUAUUGCUGUGAUCUACCAGGACCUGCUGUCAGGGAAAAGCCCCAACACUGUGAUCGUCCCCACCUCUACCUCAGUGGAACAGCUCCCCCAGGUGGCCACAGAGGAAACUGAGGCCCAGGAAGGAGUGGACUCUUCUGUCUUUGGAGAGUGCAUCGAGGGGCUUUGUGAAAGGUUCAAACACAAGUAAGAAAUAGUUCCAUGAUUACAAUACAUCUAAAUACAUCUUGUGACUAGCCUACAAUGACAAUAUACACAAACAUUCAAUGAUUCUCAGGCAACACCAGCACUCGGGAGAAGAUUAUACCAGGGGGACAAAUUAAGUUGUAUUGAACUACUAGGGUACAUAACUCCUGCUAAAAUUCUAAUAGUUUGCCUAAUAUCAGUUUAUGUGACAAAACAAGCAAGUAUAGUGUAGAGAAUCAUUGUACCAUCUAAACCACUUUUAAAUAUAUUUUCCAUGACCAAAAAUGUUGUAUUUUCAGCUGUUUGACGCUGAUGUACAAAAAAAGUAAAAGACGAUAUAGUGCACAUAGAACAGAUCUACUGCGUCUUAGACUUGUUUUCAAUGAGAAUGACAGAUCUAUAACACACAUUUCUAUGUGAAUUUGGUCAGGUCGCCCAAAAAGUUACAUAUUGCAGCUUUAAGUUAGAGUGAUUUAUUGAUCUUGUGUGUUUCUCCAUAGCCAUCCUUCUACAUCUGCCAUUAGAGAGGUUCUGGAGCAAACACAGAGAGUGACAUUCUAUGGCUUUGUGAUGGCUCUGGUCAGACAUGAGGGUGUCAACCAGGACAUUGGUGAGAACUAGCCUACUGUGUUGUUAUCUAUUGAUAACAAAGACUACUGUUCCCAUAAUGAAAUAGAACCACAAGCCAUGCAUUACAAUAAAUGAAACCUGCCAGGCUUUUCAUUUAAUCCCUGUUUAUCUAUUGUUAAUAAUUUUGAGUGUUGACCUUCCUAGGUGCCCUGCCAAACAAGUUAGAGCUUCUGAUUGACCCUGAGAUGGACCAGGAGGUGGAGAAACUGUAAGUCAACUGGAACACAUAAUGUACCAUAAUCAAAAACCUAAAUUUGCCCAUGUUUCUAAUACACUGUUAAAAAUGGCUAAUAGAUCAUGUUGCAUGCCUUCAUUGCCUUGACACAACUUGAUUAUGAACCUUCAGUCACCCUCUGGUUGGAAGCUUAGUCAGUUCCGUAGUACUGUGUAUCCUCUCCUCUCUACAGGAUGAAAUAGUAUUGUAUUGUAAUAUAUUACUAUAUCUCUAUGCUCUCUACAGCAUUGCACAGAUCGCUAUCAGUCCUACAUCCAACAGCAGCAGCAGUGCACCAGGACACAAGGAGCCCCCUAGGAAGGCCUCCCCACGCAAGUCCCUUCACCACCGCAAGAGGAUCGAGAUGGAGAGUGACGGAUCCACAGAGGAGACAGACUCCUCAGAGAACUGAGCCUGGACUGAGGCUGACCUCCCAAUGGCCCUUUGCCUCCCAUUAACACACUUAUACUUCCACUGAUGGACUAAACUUGUCAGUGACUCCGUUACAACUAUAGUGUCUGUGUUACAACUGUGUACUUUAGGCAUAUUUCUCUAGGCCAAUUUCUGUAGAACUGUUAUAUAUUUUGUACCAUGAAAACCUGUCUGAUGAUUGCAUUCCUUUUCUGAAAAGUGUGAACGUUUCUACAGGUUGGAACUAUAAUGCAGUAUUCCCUACAUAGUAAUACGCAUUAUUUUCUGUAGUUAUUUAUGAUAUGAUAUAUCUGUAUGUAAUUUAUGAUUACCAACCCUGUAUCAACUAAUAUAAAGAUUGUUGCUGUGUCACCCAUGGCAAUAAUGUCUUACUGCAUGGUCAGGAAGAUUUUUACACCUCAGGUUACAUUUUUACAUUUGAGUCAUU